AUGGGGUUUAAUCUGUGGGUUUUUGGACUUGUUUCUAAAGGAUGUGUAAUGAAUUUGCCAAUGGCCAAUGAAAAUCAUAUGCUAGGAGCAGUUACUUGUGGCACUAAAGAGACUGAUUUUCGCGCAAAAGCAUUAGCCAAUUUACAAUUCAGUUGGAUCCUUUUCAUAAUUCUGAUAUUUGCACAAAUUGUUUGCUUGAAAUUAGCUAGAAGAUACAUCAUUGCAGAUAGGUUGAAAUAUGAAAGACUUCAUAAUAAAGGCACUGACUCCUCCAUGGCGAGUGAAGGUUUCAAGCAGCCGAAAUAA